AAAAAUAAAAGACACGUUCGACCCCAUCUCAGUACAUCAACACCAAAAAAUUUGACAGAUCCACCCAAGAAAUCUCGAUUCGAUUCCAGAAAUUUUCAUCACAAAACCCUAACCUUACUUGAGAGAUCAGCUCUUCCUCAGGAAGAGAUGGAGAGGAUUGUUGCGGUUUUUGUGGCGCUUUUGUUGGCUGUGGCGCAAAUUUCAUGUGGAUUUUCAUCUCCAACCACAGCUCCUGCAUUUCUGUGGUCUUCUUACCAUGAUGGGUCGUCAGUUAAUAACGUGGAGGACAUUAUUAAUUACCAAACCAUCUCGCCAAAGGAUUUAGCUAAGACUGUUCUGUCUAAAGGGGGAUGGUCAAACAUAUUGUGCUCUGGAGAGAAUGUUGAGCAGCCUGUGGAUAUUGCACUCGUUUUUAUUGGUAGGAAGUUGGAAUCUUCAGAUAUUACGAAAAAUAAACACGCUGAACGAGGUCUUGUAGACUUGCUCAAGGUGUCAUUCAUGAGUUCCAACUUUUCUAUGGCAUUUCCAUAUGUCGCCGUAUCAGAGGAAAAGGAGACCAUGGAAAAAUCUUUGAUCUCAGCGUUUACUGAAAAUUGUGGGGAUCACUUAGUGAACGAUAUUGCUUUCUUGGAGUCGUGUUCUGUAGAGGGUGAUGACCUUAAGAAGCUCACAGGCCUCCAUUCAGUACAUGAGUAUGUAGGUUCAAGGAUGCAAAUGAAGCAGAAGGGGCAGACAGGUUUGGUUGUGUUCUGCAGUGGAGGCUCCCAGUCUUCUGAAGGAUCUGACCGUACACAAUCAGAGGGCGAGAUUUUCUCUGAACUAAUUACUUCUCUGAAGCAGUCUGGUGCAACGUACACUGUUCUGUAUGCUUCAGAUCCAUAUAGAUUGCUUCGUUAUCCUUCUCAACGAGCUUUGGACAGGUUUCUUGCUGAAGGCACCCUGGGACAUGAUCCUGCCAAUUCAACCCGUUGUGAUGGAGUUUGCCAGAUUAAGUCAUCACUUUUGGAAGGAGUUUUUGUUGGGAUUGUUCUGCUUAUAAUCCUACUAUCAGGACUAUGUUGUAUGAUGGGUAUUGACUCUCCGACGAGGUUUGAGACUGCACAAGACUCUUGAUGUGCAGAUUCCUCAGGAAUUUGGAACCGAGUCUACCACAGCACUCGAGGCAUAUCAGUAAUAGGUUCGAAUGGGGCUGUAAUGUAAUCAUAUAUCAUUCGUUUUCUUGUCUUGUUGUAGGCGCCUUUUCAUUUCUACUCAAUAAACCACCACCACCACCUGAGAGGGGCUAUGCCAGUUAUAACAGUAUUUCUUCUUCUUCAAGGGCCUCUUAUGUUGGUAAAUUGAGCAUGGUAGUGUUAGGCCCGAAGUAUGUUUUGGAGUUUUUGACAGAAAUGUACUUGUUAUGUUGAUUGA